UCAAUGCCGUAUUAAAGAGGACCAUCCCAAUUGCUGAAAGGCGUUGGCAUGCGUUUGUUGAAAUUCACCAACUGGGUCUCUCUCUUCUUUCUGGGUUUUGCUUUCUUCUGCUACUUUUACACUUCUCAAUUCUCUUCUCCUCGAAUUAUGGCUGAAGAAAGUUCCAAAUCUGUUUACGACUUCACUGUCAAGGAUAUUCAUGGUAACGACGUAAAUCUGAGUGAAUACAGUGGGAAGGUUCUUCUGAUUGUGAAUGUUGCUUCAAAAUGUGGUUUAACACAAUCCAACUACAAGGAAUUAAGUGUUUUGUAUGAAAAGUACAAAAACAAAGGUUUUGAGAUUUUGGCGUUUCCUUGCAACCAGUUUGGAGGACAAGAGCCGGGAAACAAUGAGGAGAUUCAAGAAGUUGCAUGCACUAGAUUUAAAGCUGAAUUUCCAAUCUUUGACAAGAUUGAGGUGAAUGGGAAGAACGAGGCACCCCUUUACAAAUUCUUAAAGGUACAGAAAGGUGGGAUCUUUGGGAGUGGCAUCAAAUGGAACUUUACGAAGUUUCUGGUUAACAAAGAAGGGAAGGUUGUGGAGAGAUAUGCUCCUGUGACAUCACCUCUUAAAAUUGAGAAAGACAUCCAGAAUUUGUUGGAAUCUUCUUGAGUAUCAAGGACAGCAGGAAGUGUCUGGUUUGGCCUCACCGGAAAUAAAAACGUGUUUGCAGAUGAAGAAAAUGAUCAAAGCAUAACGAUGGAUGUGUAAAGUUUGAUUAGACUCCAAACGACCUAUAAUUUUUUACCUUUGUUCUUAUUGUUAUGAAUGAGUAGAUGAAUACUUGUUCAAGGUUGCGCGUGUGGUACGAGGGGAAGCCUAUUCGAACCUGUAUCUGUACUAUAUGAACAUCGAUAUUCUAUCAUCAAUAAUAAAAAACAGCCUAUUGUUUGCAUAAA